CCAGCCCGGGCGAGUUCUCGCCCCCGCGCGGCCGUUGCCGAGGAGACGGCGCACGUCUCGCCGAGCGUUGCCCCCCUCUGCAGUUCCCCCGCCCCUCUUCUCCCACCACAAUGAGGUCCUAAGAUGGCGGUGGCUGCGGCGGUUGGCGCCUAGUAGCUAAUGUAGAGAAGGCGGCCAUUGGGCUCUGGGCAGUCAGGGAACUUGUGGGCCUCCCGGCCGCGGUCUUCGAGGAAGAACCGCUGCUCGGCGGCGGCUCCUGUAGGGGCCGACUGCCACUCCGCCCUCGGCAGGAGGGGCGCCUUCGUUUACAGAGAGUUAAUUAUUAAAGCCAACAUGGCCACAGGAGGAGGUCCUUUUGAAGAAGUCAUGCAUGAUCAGGACUUACCAAAUUGGAGCAAUGAGAGUGUGGAUGACCGACUCAACAAUAUGGAGUGGGGUGGCCAACAGAAGAAAGCCAAUAGAUCAUCAGAAAAGAAUAAGAAAAAGUUUGGUGUAGCAAGUGAUAAGAGGGUAACUAAUGAUAUUUCUCCGGAGUCAUCACCAGGAGUUGGAAGGCGAAGAACAAAGAUUCCACAUACGUUUCCACAUAGUAGAUAUAUGACUCAGAUGUCUGUUCCAGAGCAGGCAGAACUAGAGAAACUUAAACAGCGGAUAAACUUCAGUGAUUUAGAUCAGAGAAGUAUUGGAAGUGAUUCUCAAGGUAGAGCAACAGCGGCUAACAACAAACGUCAGCUUAGUGAAAACCGAAAGCCCUUCAACUUUUUACCUAUGCAGAUUAAUACUAACAAGAGCAAGGAUGCUACUCCAAGUCUUCCAAAGAGAGAAGUGACUGCAUCAGCACAAUGCAAAGAACUGUUUGCUUCUGCUUUAAGUAAUGACCUUUUGCAAAACUGUCAAGUCUCUGAAGAAGAUGGGCGAGGAGAACCUGCAAUGGAGAGCAGCCAGAUUGUAAGCAGACUUGUUCAAAUUCGUGACUACAUUACAAAAGCUAGUUCUAUGAGAGAAGAUCUUGUAGAGAAAAAUGAAAGAUCUGCUAAUGUUGAGCGCCUUACUCAUCUAAUAGAACACCUUAAAGAACAAGAAAAGUCAUAUAUGAAAUUUCUUCAGAAAAUUCUUGCUAGAGAAAAUGAGGAGGAGGAUGUUCGGACUAUAGACUCAGCUGUGGGAUCUGGUUCUGUAGCUGAGAGCACAUCGCUAAACAUAGAUGUGCAGUCUGAAGCUUCAGAUACCACGGCCAGAGAUCAUCAACAGGAGCCUUUAGAAGAGACAGAAAAUUUGAAGAAACAACAUGAUUUAUUAAAAAGAAUGUUACAACAGCAGGAGCAGCUGCGCGCUCUACAGGGACGGCAAGCUGCUCUUCUAGCUUUGCAACAUAAAGCAGAGCAGGCUAUAGCUGUGAUGGAUGAUUCUGAAAAAGUUGCAGGAACAACCCCUGGCUAUCAUACUGUACCGUGCAGACAGACAGCUCGCUCUCCUUUUCAUCAGAGAGUACCUUUAAGAGUUGCUACAGAAACUACAGGAAGCUUAUCUGGAGUCAGCAUCACAUCUGAACUAAAUGAAGAACUGAAUGAUUUGAUCCAGCGUUUUCAUAAUCAACUUCGUGAGUCUCAGCCUCCCACUGUUCCAGACAACAGAAGACAGGCAGAAAGCCUUUCAUUAACUAGAGAAAUUUCUCAGAGCAGAAAUCCCUCAGUUUCUGAACAUUUACCUGAUGAGAAAGUCCAGCUUUUUAGUAAAAUGAGAGUACUACAGGAAAAGAAACAGAAAAUGGACAAAUUACUUGGAGAACUCCAUACCCUUCGAGACCAGCAUCUGAACAAUUCAUCAUUUGUGCCUUCAACUUCUCUCCAAAGAAGUGGGGAUAAGAGAAGUUCAACUGUAGCUCUCUCUGCUCCUGUAGGCUUUGCACCAGUUGUCAAUGGAGAGUCCAAUAGCCUUAUAUCCUCUGUUCCUUGUCCUGCGACUUCUCUGGUUUCUCAGAAUGAGAGUGAAAAUGAAGGUCAUCUAAAUCCAGCUGAAAAACUACAGAAGUUAAAUGAAGUUCAAAAGAGAUUGAAUGAAUUGAGAGAAUUAGUUCAUUAUUAUGAACAAACAUCAGAUAUGAUGACAGAUGCUGUAAAUGAAAAUACAAAAGAUGAAGAAACUGAAGAGUCAGACUAUGAUUCUGAGCAUGAAAAUUCUGAACCUGUUACUAACAUUAGGAAUCCACAGGUAGCUUCCACCUGGAAUGAAGUGAAUAGUAACAGUAAUACACCGUGUGUUUCUAAUAAUAGAGAUGGGAGAUCAGUUAAUUCUAACUGUGAAAUUAACAACAGAUCUGCUGCCAACAUCAGAGCUCUAAACAUGCCUCCAUUAGACUGUCGAUAUAAUAGAGAAGGAGAACAGAGGUUGCAUGUAGCACAAGGUGAAGAUGAGGAGGAGGAGGAAGUAGAGGAGGAAGGAGUCAGUGGGGCUUCAUUAUCUAGCCAUAGGAGCAGUCUGGUUGAUGAGGCACCAGAAGAUGAAGAAUUUGAACAGAAGAUAAGUAGACUCAUGGCUGCAAAAGAGAAACUUAAACAGCUCCAAGAUCUUGUUGCUAUGGUCCAGGAUGAUGACGCAGCUCAAAUGAGUGUCUCAGCCAAUACAUCAAAUUUGGGUGAUUUCUAUGCAGCAGCAGAAGAUACCAAACAAAAUUCAAAUAAUGCAAGAGAAAAUUCUAAUAAAACACAAAAAGACACUGGAGUAAAUGAAAAAACAAGAGAGAAAUUUUAUGAGGCUAAACUACAGCAGCAACAGAGAGAGCUGAAACAGUUGCAGGAGGAAAGAAAGAAAUUGAUUGAAAUUCAAGAGAAAAUUCAAGCUGUGCAAAAGGCAUGCCCCGACCUUCAGCUAUCAGCCACUAGUAAGAGUAGUGGGCCCACCAAAAAGUAUCUCCCAGCUAUUACUUCAACUCCAACUGUUAAUGAAAAUGAGACCAGCACAAGCAAAUCUGUUAUUGAGCCUGAAGAUUCUUCAGUAGUGGAUAAUGAGUUGUGGUCAGACAUGCGAAGACAUGAAAUGUUAAGGGAAGAGCUACGACAGAGAAGGAAGCAACUUGAAGCUCUCAUGGCUGAACACCAAAGGAGGCAAGGUCUAGCGGAGACUUCUUCUCCAGUGGCUAGAUCGUUAUCAUUGAGAAGUGAUGGAUCUGAGAACCUGUGUACCCCUCAGCAAAGCAGAACAGAAAAAACAAUGGCAACUUGGGGAGGUUCUACUCAAUGUGCAUUAGAUGAAGAAGGAGAUGAAGAUGGUUAUCUUUCAGAAGGAAUUGUUCGGACAGAUGAAGAAGAAGAAGAGGAGCAAGAUGCCAGUUCCAAUGAUAACUUUCCUAGUUAUCACCCUAGUAUGAAUCAAAGUUCUUAUAAUGUAAAGGAAACUAAAAAUAGGUGGAAGAAUAAUCGCCCUGUUUCAGCAGAUGGAAAUUAUCGUCCUUUAGCCAAGACAAGGCAACAGAAUAUCAGCAUGCAACGACAAGAAAACCUUCGAUGGGUGUCAGAGCUCUCUUACAUAGAAGAGAAAGAGCAGUGGCAAGAACAAAUUAAUCAGCUAAAGAAACAACUUGAUUUCAGUGUCAAUAUUUGUCAGACUUUGAUGCAAGACCAGCAGACUUUAUCUUGUUUGCUGCAAACUCUUCUAACAGGUCCUUACAGUGUUAUGCCAAGCAAUGUGGCAUCUCCUCAGGUACACCUUAUAAUGCACCAGCUGAACCAGUGCUACACACAACUAACGUGGCAACAGAAUAACGUUCAGAGGUUAAAACAAAUGCUAACUGAACUUAUGCGUCAACAAAGUCAACAUCCAGAAAAAACUAGAAGCAAAGAAAGAGGCAGUAGUGCAUCACACCCCUCUUCUCCCAAUUUACUUUGUCCUUUCAGCUUUCCAACACAGCCUGUAAAUCUGUUGAAUCUUCCUGGAUUUACUAACUUUCCAUCAUUUGCACCAGGAAUGAAUUUCAGCCCUUUAUUUCCUUCUAAUUUUGGAGAUUUUUCUCAGAAUGUUUCUACACCUACUGAACAGCAGCAGCCAUUAGCCCAGAAUUCUUCAGGGAAAGCAGAGUAUAUGGCUUUUCCAAAACCCUUUGAAAGCAAUUCUUCUAUUGGAGCAGAAAAGCAAAGGAAUCAGAAGCAGCAUGAAGAAGAAGUUGAAAACACCAAGACACCAUGGUUAUAUGAUCAAGAAGGAGUAGCAGAAAAACCGCUUUUUAAGACUGGAUUUGCAGUGUCUGUAGAGAAAACUUCAAAUAGUAACCGCAAAAAUCAACCAGAUACAAGCAGGAGAAGACGCCAUUUUGAUGAAGAAUCAUUGGAAAGUUUUAGCAGUAUGCCUGAUCCCAUAGAUCCAACAACAGUAACUAAAACAUUUAAGACAAGAAAAGCAUCUGCCCAAGCCAGCCUGGCUUCUAAAGACAAAACUCCCAAGUCAAAGAGUAAGAAGAGGAAUUCUUCUCAGCUGAAAAGUAGAGUUAAAAAUAUUGGGUAUGAAAGUGCCAGUGUGUCUAGCACAUGUGAACCUUGCAAAAGUAGGAACAGACAUUCAGCCCAGACUGAAGAGCCUGUUCAAGCAAAAUUAUUCAGCAGAAAGAAUCAUGAGCAGCUGGAAAAAAUAAUAAAAUAUAGUAGGUCUGCAGAAAUAUCUUCAGAAACUGGAAGUGAUUUUUCCAUGUUUGAAGCUUUACGGGAUACUAUUUAUUCUGAAGUAGCUACAUUAAUUUCUCAAAAUGAGUCUCGUCCACAUUUUCUUAUUGAACUUUUCCAUGAACUGCAACUACUUAAUACAGACUACUUGAGACAGAGGGCUUUAUAUGCAUUGCAGGAUAUUGUAUCCAGACAUAUUUCUGAAAGUGAUGAAAAAGAAGGAGAAAAUAUAAAGUCUGUGAAUUCUGGUACUUGGGUAGCAUCAAACUCAGAACUUACUCCAAGUGAAAGCCUUGCUACUACUGAUGAUGAAACUUUCGAGAAGAACUUUGGAAGAGAAACACACAAAAUAAGUGAACAAAACGAUGCUGAUAAUGUGAGUGUCAUGUCUAUAUCUUCCAACUUUGAGCCUUUUGCAACAGAUGAUCUAGGUAACACCGUGAUUCACUUGGAUCAAGCAUUAGCCAGAAUGAGAGAAUAUGAACGCAUGAAGACUGAGACUGAAAGUAACUCAAAUAUGAGAUGUACUUGCAGGGUUAUUGAGGAUGAAGAUGGUGCUGCUGCUACUACCACAGUCAGUAAUUUAGAAGUAGAAACUCCCAUUAUUGAGAAUCACGUUUCAUCACAACCUAUAAGUGAUGUUUCUGCUGUCCCGUGUCCUAGAAUAGAUACUCAACAACUGGACCGCCAAAUUAAAGCAAUUAUGAAAGAAGUCAUUCCCUUUUUGAAGGAGCACAUGGAUGAAGUGUGUUCUUCUCAACUUCUCACUUCAGUAAGACGUAUGGUUUUGACCCUUACCCAACAAAACGAUGAGAGCAAAGAGUUUGUCAAGUUCUUUCAUAAACAACUAGGAAGUAUAUUACAGGAUUCACUAGCAAAAUUUGCAGGCAGAAAACUGAAAGACUGUGGAGAAGAUCUUCUUGUAGAAAUAUCUGAAGUGCUGUUUAAUGAGUUGGCUUUCUUUAAGCUCAUGCAAGACUUGGAUAAUAAUAGUACAGCUGUUAAACAGGGAUGCAGAAGGAAAAUUGAAGCAGCUGGAGUGAUACAGUCUUAUGCUAAAGAGGCCAAAAGGAUUCUUGAAGGCGAUCAUGGCUCACCUGCUGGAGAGAUUGAUGAUGAAGACAAAGACAAGGAUGAGACUGAAACAGUUAAGCAGACUCAGAUUUCUGAGGCAUAUGAUGCCAAAGGUUCCAAAAAUGUAAGAUCUGAUGUUUCUGAUCAGGAGGAAGAUGAAGAAAGUGAAAGGUGUCCAGUGUCUAUUAAUCUGUCUAAAGCUGAAAGUCAGGCUCUAACUAAUUAUGGAAGUGGAGAAGAUGAAAAUGAGGAUGAAGAAAUGGAAGACUUUGAAGAGAGUCCUGUGGAUGUCCAGACUUCACUUCAGGCUAAUACUGAAACUACAGAAGAAAAUGAACACGACAGUCAGGUUCUACAACAUGAUCUUGAAAAAACAUCAGAAAGCACAAGUGUACCAUCAGACCAAGAACCAACUAGUAAGAAUAACCAAGACAGCUCUCCUGUGAAGCCUUGUUAUCUCAAUAUCUUGGAAAAUGGACAACCCUUAAAUAGCACUGCCCAUAAGGACUCACUCACUACCACUGAUUCAUCUAAACAGCCAGACCCUAUGCCAUUACCCUUAACUGCAAGUGAAGCUUUAGUGCCUAGAGUCAAAGAAGUGAAAUCUGCUCAGGAGACUCCCGAGAGCUCUCUGGCUGGAAGUCCUGAUACUGAAUCUCCCGUGUUAGUGAAUGACUAUGAAGCUGAAUCUGGUAACAUAAGCCAAAAGUCUGAUGAAGAAGACUUUGUGAAAGUUGAGGAUUUGCCACUCAAACUGACAGUCUAUUCAGAGGCAGAGCUAAGGAAGAAAAUGGUAGAAGAAGAACAGAAAAACCAUUUAUCUGAUGAAAUAUGUGAAAUGCAGACUGAAGAAUUAGCUGGAAAUUCUCAGAUACUGAAAGAACCUGAAACAGUGGGAACCCAGAGUAUAUGAACUGUCUUCAGGGACUCAUCUAACUCUCUUACAUAGUCAGUCCAUAUAAAAAGACACUAAAUAAAGCUGGGUUUUGAUCUGUAUAAAAUGUAAAUUAGUUUGACAUUUUAAAUUAGUUUGAUGCAUUUUUGAUGGGUAUGCUAAUCUCUGCCCAUGGCAGUUUAAAACAUCAGAAUCUGAAUCCUGGACAGAUUCAACCCUUGACACACGGUGGGAUUUUUCUUUUUAUUUUAUUAUUACUAUUAUUAUUAUUAUUAUUAUUAUUUGUUCUGAUCUUGACCCCUGUCCUUCAUUGUGAUGUUUGGUAUGUUAACUUUAAAAUGUAGUUUUAAAUAAAGUUUGAACUUAUCUGUAAAGUA